UUGGGCAGGUUUUAUGUCAUCUUCUACAAGUUUUGUUUCCCACAAAAACAUUGAUUUAAUGCAAAUGACUAUUAAGUUGCUUUGCUAUAUUGCUACUAAGUUUUCUGCCACAAACAAAUGUGUGGUUAUUUUGCAUCCUCGUGUUUGGGUCCAAUAAUUGUCUUCACAUCUGACACCUGAGCUGUAGAUAAAAGUUGCAGGUUCCUAUGGAGAUAUCAAUGGAGAGGAAGGAAAGAUGGUGUCUUGCAGAGGAAGAUGGAAAAGAGAGAAGAGGGAGAGGGGUGUCACGUGGUUGGUGUGCGGGUUUUGGCUCGUGAGAUCAGCCUGGGACAGCGCUAGCCAGGAGGAAACCCGGACGGGAAAACGCGUGUGUUUUGUUUUGGGUUGGUCCGUGUUGUUUCUAAUUGGGGGUAACUUUCCUAAUCGGGGCGAUGGCUGGUUCAGACUAACCAGCCACCGUUUGCUCCCUAGAUGUGUCCAAAAAGAAACACAUAUCAGCUGGAUUUUCGUGGUUUGGCUGUUAUGCGGUUUCAGCUGGAGAUAUGGUGUAGUGAGAUGCUGUAGCAACACCAAACGAGAAGAAUCCAUUUCCUCGGGCGCCAGCUCAAAUACAUUUUUACCUUGGAAUUAAUUAAGGUGCAUGCAAUGUAUGCAGGGGAUUUACCAGUAAACCUACAAGUCAUCUGCUGGUCACCAGCCUUCCUUUUCCAUGCGCUUGGUGCCUUUGAACUACACGGGUUGACACACAUGGUGAGCACGGAUGUCGACACGACGAAGCAGGCUACGUACCCGUGCCUGGCUCCCAACCCCGGCAAGGCGACGAUCCUGGCCCUGGGCCACGCCUUCCCGCAGCAGCUCGUCAUGCAGGACUACUUCGUCGACGGCUUCAUGAGGAACACCCACUGCGACGACCCCGUGAUCAGAGAGAAGCUCAACAGGCUAUGCAAGACGACGACUGUGAAGACGCGGUACGUGGUGAUGUCGGACGAGAUCCUGAAGAGCUGCCCGGAGCUGGCGCAGGAGGGGUCGCCGACGAUGAAGCAGCGCAUGGACAUCUCCAACAAGGCGGUGACGCAGAUGGCCACGGAGGCGUCGCUGGCGUGCAUCGAGGCGUGGGGCGGCGACCUGUCCGCGAUCACCCACCUCGUCUACGUCUCCUCCAGCGAGGCGCGGUUCCCGGGCGGCGACCUGCACCUGGCGCGCGCGCUCGGGCUCAGCCCGGACGUCCGACGCGUCAUGCUGGCCUUCACCGGCUGCUCCGGUGGCGUGGCGGGGCUCCGCGUCGCCAAGGGCCUCGCCGAGAGCUCCGGGCCGGGUGCGCGCGUCCUGCUGGCGACGUCCGAGACCACCAUCGCGGGGUUCCGCCCGCCCAGCCCAGACCGGCCCUACGACCUGGUCGGGGUGGCGCUCUUCGGGGACGGCGCGGGGGCGGCCAUCGUCGGCACCGACCCGGCUCCCCGUGAGCGCCCGCUGUUCGAGCUCCACUCCGCGCUGCAGCGGUUCCUGCCCGACACCGAGAAGACCAUCGACGGGCGGCUGACGGAGGAGGGCAUCAAGUUCCAGCUGGGCCGCGAGCUGCCGCACAUCAUCGAGGCGCACGUGGAGAGCUUCUGCCAGAAGCUGAUGAAGGAGCGGGAGGGCGACCACCACGACCAGCCGCUGAGCUACGAUGACAUGUUCUGGGCGGUGCACCCCGGGGGCCCGGCGAUCCUGACCAAGAUGGAGGGGCGGCUGGGGCUGGAUGGCGGGAAGCUGCGCGCGAGCCGGAGCGCGCUCCGGGACUUCGGGAACGCGAGCAGCAACACCAUCGUGUACGUGCUGGAGAACAUGGUGGAGGAGAGCAGUCGGAGGAGGGAGGAGGAGUGCGAAUGGGGCCUCAUCCUGGCGUUCGGGCCGGGGAUCACCUUCGAGGGGAUCUUGGCAAGGAACCUCCAAGCGCGCGCUGCCAACUGA